AUGGAAUCACAAUCUCCAGCAACGCCGAUGAAGACCAAGCGCGACAGUGAUGACAGUGCUAGUGUCGCCGGCACCGAGCAGUUCGUUCUGCACACACGUUCGAUUCGGUUGGUCCAAAAUCUCCUCGGCCCCAAGGUAAAGCUGGUCCGCCGAGAUAGAGAUGGUCCUCUUAGACCCAAGUCAACCGCUGAAAUUGGUGAAAUCAAGUUCAUUUGA